AUGAGAGCGACCUCUCGUGACCCUCUCAUGGCUCAUUUGGAGAAAGCCCGUGAAAUCGCCAAGAGCCUCGUGGCCGUGACUACAUCGUCCGGAGCAGCUUCUCUCUCUCUUGUGCCUGAAAUGGGUGCAAAGGAUCGAAAUUCCAAGCUCGGAAGCGAGUCAUCUACUGAAUUGACGCAUGGCGGAUCCGUCAGAACUGUGGUUCCUAAUCGA